GCGUCCCUGUGACCCGCAGCCCCGCGUCAUGGAGCGGCCGGCGCCUUUGGCCGUGCUGCCCUUCUCCGAUCCCGCGCACGCCCUGAGCCUGCUGCGCGGCCUGAGCCAGCUGCGCGCCGAGCGCAAGUUCCUGGACGUGACCCUGGAGGCGGCGGGCGGCCGCGACUUCCCCGCGCACCGCGCCGUGCUGGCGGCCGCUAGUCCCUACUUCCGCGCCAUGUUCGCGGGCCAGCUGCGCGAGAGCCGCGCCGAGCGCGUGCGCCUGCACGGGGUGCCGCCCGAUAUGCUGCAGCUGCUCCUGGACUUCAGCUACACCGGCCGAGUGGCGGUGAGCGGCGACAACGCCGAGCCGCUGCUGCGCGCCGCCGACCUGCUGCAGUUCCCCGCCGUGAAGGAGGCGUGCGGCGCCUUCCUGCAGCAGCAGCUCGACCUGGCCAACUGCCUGGACAUGCAGGACUUCGCCGAGGCCUUCAGCUGCUCCGGGCUGGCGAGCGCGGCGCAGCGCUUCAUCCUGCGCCACGUGGGCGAGCUGGGCGCCGAGCAGCUGGAGAGGCUGCCACUUGCGCGCCUGCUGCGCUACCUGCGCGACGACGGGCUGUGCGUCCCCAAGGAGGAGGCGGCCUACCAGCUGGCGCUGCGCUGGGUCCGCGCCGACCCUCCGCGCCGCGCGGCGCACUGGCCGCAGUUGCUGGAGGCUGUGCGGCUGCCCUUCGUGCGUCGCUUCUACCUGCUGGCACACGUGGAGGCCGAGCCGCUGGUGGCGCGCUGUCCCCCUUGCCUGCGCCUGCUGCGCGAGGCCCGCGACUUCCAGGCGGCACGCUACGACCGGCACGACCGCGGGCCCUGCCCCCGCAUGCGUCCGCGCCCGUCCACCGGCCUGGCGGAGAUCCUGGUGCUGGUGGGAGGUUGCGACCAGGACUGCGACGAGCUGGUCACGGUCGACUGCUACAAUCCGCAGACCGGCCAGUGGCGCUACCUGGCCGAGUUCCCCGAUCACUUAGGCGGGGGCUAUAGUAUCGUGGCGCUGGGCAACGACAUCUACGUGACGGGCGGGUCUGACGGCUCCCGGCUCUAUGACUGUGUGUGGAGAUACAACUCGAGCGUGAACGAGUGGACAGAGGUGGCACCCAUGCUCAAGGCCCGAGAGUACCACAGCUCCUCGGUGCUAGACGGGCUUUUGUACGUGGUGGCAGCUGACAGCACAGAGCGCUAUGACCAUGCCACCGACUCCUGGGAGGCCCUGCGGCCCAUGACUUACCCCAUGGACAACUGCUCUACCACGGCCUGCCGAGGCCGGCUCUACGCCAUCGGCUCCCUGGCAGGCAAGGAGACCAUGGUGAUACAGUGCUAUGACCCGGACACGGAUCUGUGGUCGCUGGUGGACUGUGGCCAGCUCCCACCCUGGUCCUUUGCACCCAAGACUGUGACUUUGAAUGGCCUCAUGUACUUCGUCAGGGAUGACUCUGCCGAGGUGGAUGUGUACAACCCCACUAAGGACAAGUGGGACAAGAUUCCAUCUAUGAAUCAGGUACAUGUUGGGGGCAGCCUGGCUGUCCUGGGAGGCAAGCUCUAUGUCUCUGGGGGGUAUGACAACACCUUUGAACUCUCGGAUGUGGUGGAGGCAUAUGACCCAGAGACCCGGGCAUGGAGUGUGGUGGGGCGGCUUCCAGAGCCCACCUUCUGGCACGGCAGUGUAAGCAUCUUCCGCCAGUUCAUGCCACAGACACCGGCAGGGGGCCGUGGCUUCGAGCUGAACAGUGGCAGCAACGACUUGGAUGCAGGCCGCCACAGGCUGCCACAGAACCCUGACGAGCUACAUUAGCCCAGGCCUGGCCCAGGAGAGGGCCUUGGUGCAAGGGGCCUGUCACCUGCAGGGGAGUGGCUCGAGGGUGCUUAGCCCCUAGAUGCACCGUGUAAAGGUUUCUGCAUUCAGGGCCUAUGUCACAGCUUCUGGGGACUAAGCUGGUGGUGACCACCAUCAUACAUCUGCCUUCAGAAGUCACAUCUAGCUCACCAUGCAGGGUGCCUCUCCUUGCUGCCUCCUCCUGGGCCCGUGUGCUCCCAGAGCAGAAGGUCCUGUAAUGGUCAGAAAGUGGCCUGGUCUGGAGCGUUGGGAAUCCAAGAAGACAAAGGCUGCAGUGAAGUGCUAAACUCCCCAUCCUGUGCCCAGGAUCCUUGGAGCCAGUGCUGCAGGUAGAGGGGUGUUCACAGCACUGUUGGGGUCCCGCCAUACAGGAGUUAUACUGAGACUGAGCUGGAGGGCUGCCACAGUGUGAAUCUGAGAUCUAUCCCCAUGGCACAUGCUCUCGCUUGGCAAGGAGGCUUUCCCCGGGACUCACAACGCCGGCUUGCUGUGGCUCGUCCUCGGGAUCCUCACUGACACUUGGCUAAGAGACCUGGGAGCAGAGACUCCUGCUUCUAAAGGGAGCCAAGUGGGGCGGCCCCAGCACUUGGCUGUAGGUUUGAAAUGCUUGUGGUUUGACCUCAAAAAGAAGCAGAAAGUUGGGAGCAGUAAGAGACAAGUUGGCUUUGUCUGACUUGAAGAUGUACAAACCAUCAUUGAGAGAAUUUUUCUGCCAUGUGUGGUCGUAGGCCCAGGGACACAAGUACUAGGGGCACCUGGACCACAGCUUAGGGGAUCCCUGGGUUUCUUUGUGACUUUGAGUGAUUUCGUGGGUUUGGGAGCUGAGACCCCUUUGUACCCAGUGGUCUUGGCUGGGGUUUUGUUCUCUUUCUGAGGAAGAGGCCGUUUAGGACUUUUUGUUACAGACAAAGCCAAAGUUCAGAGUUGCCUUUCUCUAGUGAACUCAAGGGUGGGUGAGGCUCUAGGAACAGAAGUCUCUACCCCCUCACAUGCCUACUGCCCUCUUCUUGGCCAGCUGAAGAGGAGGCUGCCUUAAUUUCCCAGGUACCCACCUGCUUCCUGCUUGAUGCCAUGCACUGCAGAUGUCGACCCUGUUGGAUUUGAAAGCCAUGUUCUAGAAUGCUCUGCUGGACACCUGACCCUGGAAAAGACAGUAGGUAGGGGCCAGUGCUGUCCCAACCCAGGCCCACUGGUGACCUAGGGUUCCCUUGGGGAUGUACAGCAGUGGCUUGUUUCAUUCUCUGGUGCCACCAGCCCAGCCCUCGAGUGCCUCCUCUUCUCUCAACCUUAAAGAGCUGCCUCCUAGGGCCACUUGGAGGUGCUGACACUCUGCUGUAGGGUGCCUCUACUGUGGGGUGCCUUAGCACAGCAGGGUGGGGUCAUUUGUGUCAGGUACUAAUCUCAGUGCUGGGGACAGUGUUCAGUCCUCUUAGGGACAGGCUAGGAGGCUUUUCAGAGGAAGAGCUGCCUUGCUGUUCCUGCAGCCUGCAGUAGUUACUGCAUUACAGUGCACACUUGCACAGGGCUGCUCCGCCUGCCUGUCCUCCAGAGUACUCAGGUUUCUACUUCAGGGCUGCAGGAAAACUAAAGAGUAAAAAGCAGGCGCUUCCUGUGGACCCACCGGGAGUCCAGGAUGGUCCCUCUCCUCCCUUCCUUGGCUUCACCUUUGCCACUGGCUCUGGGCUGUAACCCACCACUUAACACAAGUAUCUAAACUAAGAAGGAUUGAAGCUGGGUCACCUGGAUAUGGGACUGUCCCUGUCACAUGUAUAAAGCUUUUAUACGUUAGGACAAAAUUAAGUUAUGAGAAGUUCUGUGCCUAGUAUUUGAUGCUGAUCUAUAAGAUUUUUCUUAUAUUUAUGACUUAGAGACUUAUGAAAAUGGUCUUCCUUAGGAAGGCGGCACUCAGUCACCAGUGGCUGGGCAGAUUUGUAUAUUUAUUUUUGUCUGUUCUGUAGCUUCUGUGUCCAGCAACCUAAGGUUUUAGGAUGCUUCCCUAUUUUUUGAAAUAAAAUGUUUCUAUAUGCUGGG